CCACCAAGAUGACCAUCUCUGUCUGUGGUUUGCUUUGAUAGUCAGUCAAAACUCCCCAUAAGAGAGACUAUUAUAUUCUGUCUCAAAACCUCUAUAAUAAAAAUGCCUGUGGAAAAACGAACUAUGGACUUCUGAAACAAACAUCAUUUUAACCUUUUUUAUGAAAUCACAGAGGAACAGCACAUCCGAUUUUGGACAGAUGACAGAAUGAAUGUCAUCAUAACCUCCUCACUGCUGGGUGUAGCCGCAGUUGUUUUCCAAGUUGCUACAACUGAAGAGACUCUGAAGGUCAGCGUGUCUGUGUGGCCUCCGGGGUCAAACAUCUACCUGGGUGAUUGCGUGUUGCUGCAGUGCUCAGUGGAGUCAAACUCCAGAUUUGUGUGGAGCUAUUGGUGGUUAAAGCAAAACCCACACGCUGCUCAUCCGACCCCAAACCCAAGGCACCUGGUCUCAGGGGAGAGCUACUCCAUCACUGCGGUAAAGAAGGAGGACGCAGGCAGCUACCAGUGCCAAGCCAAGCGAUGGGAAAACAACAGCUCCUCUGUGGAGUUCCUCAGCCAGCCAGCCACGCUCAGUGUGUCUGAGCUGCCUUCAUCCUCACUCCUGACCCUGACUCCAAGCAACAGACAGUUCUUCAGAGAGGAGCGUUUCACUGUGCAGUGCCCUGUGUCUCAGACUAACUCCUCAGGCUGGAGGCUGAAGCAUUUCCUUCCCACUUCUGGAGUGCGGAACAGAGUCUUCCACAUUGACCAGUAUUCGCUACUAGGGGGUGCUGUUAAUGCGGACAGGUCUGACCAGUGUGAGUUCACUGCAGACAGCGGGAACAGUGGACUGUACUGGUGUGAGGGUGCUGCGGGCCGCAGCAACGCAGUCAACAUCACAGUAAGCUAUGGUGCCAUCAUCUUGAAGACUCCUCCCUUCCCUGUUUUCGAGGGUGAUGAAGUGGUCUUGGUUUGUAAGUACUGGGCAGGCAAUCUCAGCAAAACAAUCUUCUUUAGAAACGGAGCAGAAAUCUUCACUUCUCCCAGUUCAGACAGAGUAAUAAAGAUGACUUUAGAGAAUGUGACACAGGAAGAUGAAGGCUUCUACAAGUGUGCGUCCCAGGACAGAAAGAUGGAGAGUCCAGAAGCUUGGUUAUCAGUGAGUCCAGACAGAGAUGAGAAAGACGCCUCCAUGAGUGGCUCCGGUAAAUGGGUAAUUGUUUCCUGUGGAGUUCUUCUUCUUUUCCUCAUUCCUGUAACUGUUUUGCUGCUUUAUCACUACAGGCACCAAAGGAUUUGCACCUGUAGGUGUUGGCCGUUUUCCAAAGAACGACUACAAGCAGUGGAGCUUCCUGCAACCAAGCAGGACGUGACAGAGGUGCAGUGGGACCUGUCCUGGAUGGAGAUGUCCAAUUUGUUGGAUAAAUAGUUUUUUCCUGGCACUUAAUGAAUCACGCUCACCAGAAGCAUAUAGAAAAUACUCAAAAUUAAGUGACCCAAUUUAGUACACUUUGACAUAAUGUAAAACCAAAUUGUUGCAUGGAUUCAGCACAGAUAUUUAUAAAUAAGCUUAAAAGUGUGCUAGUUUCUUUCACAUCUUUUUAAAUUAAAAAUAUUUGCUGGGAAAAUCCACAUUGAAAAUAGUUUUUAAUAAGUGAAUGAACAGUUAUAAGAGGUGAAUACUGAUUUGUUUGCAUAAUGUUAUUAUUUAAACAUACUGUAUAUCUUUAUGUAUUGAUUAUAUUUAAUAAAUAAACAUAAUUUUGUUUCUCA